AUGGCGCCGUGUGUUGAGGCUGGGUGGGCAAAACUGGACGCUUAUUACACGCUGACAGACCGUUAUUCUGUGUAUGUUGCAGCAAUUGUCCUCAGCCCUCAUCGAAAAUGGCACUGCUUCGACGCUGCGUGGGAGGACCAUCCGGAGUGGGUUGAAAGUAGCAAGGCUGCCGUAGAAGCCCUCUGGAAGACUCGCUACGGGCCCGUCACCAAGCCGGCUGAGUCGCAAGCUCAUGCGCUGGUGGACAAGCCGCCAGUAAAGAAUUCGUUUCUCGCUUGGGAGGACGAGCGGGAGGACCUUGAACUUCCUACCCAAUUUGAUGAGUACCAAAACUAUAUAUCAGCCCCGAGAAUCAAGGUCAAGGAUGUACGAAAGUGGUGGCUUGAGGAUACGCAGCAAAUGCUCUAUCCCAACCUUUCCAAAAUGGCGCUAGAUCUCUUGUCCAUUUCAGCAAUGUCUGCCGAACCGGAGCGCCUCUUCUCUGACACGAAAAUCACCCUCCAAGAUCGCAGAAAUAGGCUGGGGAUUGGCAUAAUCGAGGCAAUUGAGUGCAUAAAGUCGUGGUCGCGCUCUCAUAAAGUGGCUUGGGUAGAUGACGUCGGCCUUACCCUAGAUACAUCGGUCACGGGAGAAGAGGAAAACAGGGCUUCGCAAGCAAAGUAG